AUGACUGGCGGAAGCAAGGACAGCGGAGACAGCUCAAAUCUUAUUCCUCCACUUUCUCCCCAUCCUCUAUCUCUCCAUGCAGGCGCGCAGAAGCAGGGAAUGGACGCACAGCAGCUGGCCAGCCUACUAGAGCCUUACUACUGGCAGUGGGCGCAGGACUGGCGGCAGCAGGGGCACCUGAGCACACGUUUCCCCCCUUCCUCUUGGUAUUCUUAUGUGCACGCAGGCGCGCAGAAGCAGGGAAUGGACGCACAGCAGCUGAGCAGUCUACUAGAGCCCUACUACUGGCAGUGGGCGCACGACUGGCGGCAGCAGGGGCAGCGGCGGCAGCAGCAGGAGGAGAAGCAGAAGCGGCAGUGGGACACGGCGUAUGGGGAUGUCCCCUUGGUCACUGACAAACUCGACUGGCUAGAAGCUUUCAGGCAGGCCCUGCAGCAUCUCUCGCGUCUCCUCCCCGACCCCGCCACUCUACUGCUCUCCACCGACCUGCUCCUUCAACUGCUGGCAGACGCCUGCCGCUGCGCCAUGCCGCGCUCCUCCCUGCUCUUCCUCUUCCAAGCUGCCUCACACCGCCUUACGAGGGACGUUGGGGUAGAGAAGCAUCUGCUGCCUCUCCCCAUCCCCUAUGUCCACGCCAUAGUAACGGCGUUUGUGGCAGCUCAGGAGGGACGCCCCCCAGCUCAGUCCCAGAGCGACCUCACCAGAGCAGCAGCUCUCAUCGAUCAAUUCCUGGCGUGCCGCUGCCGUGCCAUGGGCCAACCGAUGCAUGCCACUGCCACUGCUGGUAGCAGCAGUGGCAGCAGCUGUAGCAGCAGCGGCACAGCAAGUAGUGGCCGAAGCGCUAGUAGCACAAUAACAAGCAGCAACACAACUACCACCAGCAGCGACGGUGGCGGUGGCAGCAGCAGCAGUAAAGUCGGAGCACGAGUGAGUGCGGGCGAGUUCAAGCGGCUGGUGCGCGCCUUCUCCCCCCACGCACGGCCCAGCCACGACGCCCUGUGGGGUGCUGUGAGCGCGUUUGCAGCCAGCGGCGAGGAGGAAGGGGACGUGCUGAGCGUGUGCGAGCUGAUACAGGUGGAGCGCCUCUCUGCGGCAGUGCAGGAUGAGGCUAUUGAAAGCACCCACACGCCUCUGGCUUUUACCGUGCGUGUGCUCUGUGCUCAGAACCAGGCGCUAAAGACAGGGUCACAGGGCUGGAUGGAUGAGAUUAACAGUCUUAAAGCCCAGCUGCAGCAGGCCCAUGAGGAGGCAGAAGCAGAGAGGACCAAGCGGCGGGCAGCAGAGCAGCAGGUGGAGGUGGAGAGGGCAGCAGGGCGGCAGGCGCAGGAGGCGAUGCUGAGCAAGGUGCGUGAGCUGGUGGACGAGGUGCGGGGUCUCAAGACCCUCAACUCCGACCUGCGGCAGAACCUCGCCAUUCUGCAGGCCUCCAUGACUGUCAAGAAGAAAACACUCUUUCUCAAGAACCUGCGCACCCUCAACUCUGACCUGCGGCAGAACCUCGCCAUUCUGCAGGCCUCCAUGACUGUCAACAAGAAAACAUUGUUUCUGGAGAAGUAA